UUUAUUUUGACAAAUAAUCUAUAAUAUGAGACCAAAUGGUUUCAAUUGUAUUACGACUUUUUGUUACAAUGAACUACAUAUAUAAUUAAUAUUGUACUGUGAAAAGUAAUGUGACCUAUAUACAUUAAAAUGUCUAUGUUCAAUUAAAAUAUAUUUUAUAAUGGAAUCUAACUAUUCUCCAGAUAUAGGCAAAUUGAUUAUAAAAGUAUAUGCAAGUUUACUAUUAUUAUUUGGUCUACCUGGUAAUAUUAUUAGCGCUAUUAUAAUGGGAGGUGAUCGGUCAAAUCGUUUGACAACUCGUUUAAUUAUUAUUAUUCUAGCUAUAGCCGAUAAUUUGGUUUUAUUAACUGCUGUAUUACGUUAUUGGUUCAUGGAAGUUUGUGGAUGGGAUUUACGUUCAUCUGGUCCAUUAACUUGUAAAAUUCAUGUUUUUGCUGUAGGAUUUUCAACAGAUUUUGCUGUUGGUGUAUUAUGUGCUGUUGCAGUCGAGCGGUUACUUGUUGUUACACUACCUUAUAAAGCAUCUAAAUUAGUAACAUUAAAUUCUGUGAUAAUUGGUAUGAUAUGUUUUGCUUUAAGUGUAGCUAUAAAAAAUUCACCACACUUUUGGAUGAUGGGUGAACAUAGAUCACAACAAUCUCAAAUAGAUUCAAUAAAUUUGUACAAAAUCAAUCAAACCAGAACGAGUGGGACCAUGAAUACACAUAAAAUGUUUAUAGAAAACUCAACUAAAAAGGAAUCAUUUAAAUGUACAUUUGUAUCAGAAUAUGAAUUUAUUUUUAGAAUUUUUAUGAAGUUUGAUCUUAUAAGUUUUGCAGUUCUUCCUUAUUUAAUAUUAUUUACAAGUAAUGUAAUUAUUUAUAUAAAAUUGCGUAAUCAACGUCGGUUGAUGAGAUGUCAUGCCAAUACUACAUCUAUGGUUAGUAAUACAACUAAUACAAACAUUAUAUCUAAUAGUACACAUUCAAGUAAAAUACAACGUAAAUUAGAUCGAAAAUCAAUUAAUCAACCAGAAUCAACAAAUCAACUACAACAUGGAGAUACACGAUGUAAACGUUCAACUCGUCGACCAGAAAGUGUCAUCAAAUUAUUAACAGCAUUAACUAUAAUUCAUGUUAUUUGUACAUUACCAGGCACAAUUUUUACUUUUCUGUCAUCUUAUUUUAAUUAUUUUCACAAUAUGCCAAAACAUACUCAUGAUCAAAUUAAAUAUGGUUUAGUUAUGUUAAUAUUUACAAAUAAUGCAAUUAAUUUCUUCGGUUAUUGUAUUUCUUGUACAACAUUUCGUCAAACAAUUAUUCGUAGUUUAAGUCAUUUAUGCCAUUGGAAAACGAAUUGUCAUAAAAGAAAACCAAAUAAUGAAAUACGGGAUAAUAAUAAUAAUAAUGGAAAAUAUAAACCAAUGGAUCAAAAAAUCAUAGGUAAUGUCAGCUUAAUAAAAAAACAAGACCAAUAUACAUGAUAUUUUAAGUGAAAGAUGUUAGUGAAUUGAUUUCAGACCAUGAAAAUUAUUGAUCUCAUUACAUUGAACAAAGUUGACCAAUAUAUGAACAAACUAGCAAUUAUCGUUGAACUAUGUCAUUAUUAUUACCAGAGUGAGAUGCAUUUACUAUUAUAAGUGUAUUAUUGUAAUACAACUGAACAUUUACCUGAAACAAAUAUUGAAUAAAUAAAUAUAUUUUCAAAUGUAAGAAACCCGGUUGUAUUCAUUGAAUAAAUUAAAGUAAUAUAAUAUAAUCAUUUAUGCAAACACAUUAUGUUGUUUUGAAGAAUAUGAGCAGUUCGUUUCAUAACUAAUUUGCAAUUUUUGAUUGAGAUCAUGAACCAAUUGAUGUUAGACCAUCACAACUGAAAACCUGGAAGCACUGGACGGCC